AUGAAUUUUUCUUAUUUUCAGAUAUUAUUUCAUAUUGUCACCUUGGGUUUUGUAUAUCUGCAGUUAUGGCAUGUUAGUCUUGCUAGUCCUGACGAAUAUAGACUACUAUCUGAUCUCCGUCAUAAUUACGACCCCUACGAAAGGCCUGUGGCGAACGCCUCAGAGCCUUUAGUAGUUAGCGUUAAAAUCUACCUUCAACAGAUUCUAGACGUUGAUGAAAAGAACCAAGUAAUUACUCUUGUUGCCUGGAUUGAAUAUCAAUGGACAGACUACAAGCUAAAAUGGCAACCAUCAGAAUACGGUGGAAUUAAGGAUAUUCGAGUACCGGGUAAUGCAAAUGCAAUAUGGAAACCCGACGUCCUUCUAUAUAACAGUGCCGAUGAAAAUUUCGAUUCUACAUAUCCAGUAAACUAUGUUGUUAGUCAUAAUGGCCAUGUACUGCAGGUCCCACCGGGAAUAUUAAAACUUUCAUGUAAAAUCGAUAUCACAUAUUUUCCAUUCGACGAUCAAAUGUGUCAUUUAAAGGAAUAUUCUUAUCAAACUUAA